UGGGCUGAGGAGCAGGAAAUCCAGGCUGCAUCCCUGGCCCUGUCACAGCCUGCCUCUGUAGCAGGGAGCAAGCCUUGGUCCUCAGGGUAAUAGUCCAUGAUGUGAAUGAGCUGACAGAAAAGCUGUUUCCCAUCGUUGAGGCCAUGCAGAAACACUUCAGCGCUGGAUCGGGGACCUACUACAGCGACUCCAUCUUCUUCCUGUCAGUUGCAAUGCAUCGCAUCAUGCCCAAAGAAAUAACACAGAUCAUCCAGGUAGACUUGGACCUGAAGUACAAGACCAACAUCCAAGACCUGUUUGAUGAGUUUGACAACUUCCCGGAGGGAGCAGUCAUUGGGAUUGCCAGGGAAAUGCAGCCAGUGUACAGGCACACUUUCUGGCAGUAUCGCCAUGAGAACCCCCAAACCAAAGUUGGGGAGCCCCCUCCUGAUGGGCUACCAGGCUUCAACAGUGGUGUCCUGCUCCUGAACCUGGAAGCCAUGAGGCAAUCCAAGCUCUACAACCAGCUGCUGGAGCCCACCAUGGUGCAGAAGCUGACAGAAAAGUACCACUUCAAGGGCCACCUUGGGGACCAGGAUUUCUUCACUAUGGUGGGGAUGGAGCAUCCAGAGCUUUUCCAUGUGCUUGACUGCACGUGGAACCGGCAGCUUUGCACAUGGUGGAGGGACCAUGGAUACAGCGAUGUGUUUGACCAGUACUUCCAGUGUGAGGGGGAGGUCAGAAUUUACCAUGGGAACUGCAACUCCCAAAUCCCUGAAGACUAAGGCGCUCACUGCCCCCAGGGGCAGCUCUGACUGCAGCAAGACCUCCAAAAUAGUGGCUGCACUAACAGUCCUUCAGGAAGGGUGACCAGCUCUGAUCCAGCAUAAUCCAGAUCCAAGAGCAUUCAGUAUCCCAUGCCUGUAGCUUCACCCUCCAAGAGGAAGGGCAGUUCAGUUGUUGGAUCAGGACAUCCACAGCCACCAUAUCUAGGGCUCUGCUUGGCAAAGUCCAUGGUGCCCAUCUGUGCCUCAGCUGCUGGGGCAUGUGGACAGCUGAGGGGCCAUCAGAGACCACUGCUUUUGCACUAGGCGGGGUCCAGCUCCCUGGGUGCAGCUUUGCCUUGUCUGAUGGUCUGCAGGAGUCCCCAGCAGGCAGUUGGGUUUCAUUUGUCAUUCUUGGGUGGCCCAUUUCUGCACCUCAUGCAGAGAAUUGGUCUGGUCCCUCUGGAGAGCAGACACUGUCCUCAGGUCAUCUUCCUUUUGAAGCAUUCCAGGAAGGCAAGAGGGCUUUAAAGACUGAAAAGCUGCUUUAAAUUUGGUUACUUACAAACAAAAAUUGAAUUCUAGAUAAGCUUUAAAGCCUUCCGUCAGUUCUUCUUAGCAAUAAAAGCUUUACUGCCCUAUGUUGUUCUAGAAGUGUUCAGUGAGUGUGUAGCAAUAGAUUCAUUUUUCUAGCUUUGCCUUUAACCUUUCAUACGAGAAUAAAGCAUCAGAUGUCAGACA